AGCUGUUCAUCUUAUUGUAUUUCAGCCAGAUAUCAUGUCGUAGAAGCUAUUUGUUGUCUAAAAUGUAAUUAUUUAAUUAACCAACACGGCACAUGUGACAUUUCGGUCUCUAUGUCCAAUUUAAAUAACACUGAGCGUUUGGAUAUAAACAAAGCCAAUCAUUUUGGAUCAGUUUAUUUAAAGUUGUGGAGAGGGUUCUUCGCAGUUCUUGACAGCUGUCCUGUGCGCCUUUUUUAAACUUUAUUUCACAAGCUCUCAAAGGUCUCAGUGAAGACACUUUUCUUGAAAUCAAAGCUGCUCAAACAAUCAACCUUCUCCCUAACACACGGUCGACUGUGGACUCUCGUGAUCUGAGCUUCGGUUCCAUCGUUGAUCUGUGGUUCGAUAUCUGUCCACCUGUAACACGCUUAUAAAAAAAACAGCGCUCGUCGCACGUUGGAGGCGGGCUGGGAGGCGAUUGGAAAUCUGGAAUUGUUCUGAUCUGUGAUUGGGACCCUGGUGAGCGGAUGAAAAUGAGUGAGGCGGGAGCAGCGGCGAGCUCGCCUUUGGAUUUCUCUUCUAAUAUCUCACAUAUCAAUAAUUCAGAGCGGCACCAGACGGACACUGCGCUAUGUAUUCAGCUGUGUUUCGACUAGUCAGGGGCCACUUUCUACAAUUCAGGGGUCAUUUCACUCAGCCUUAAAGUAGGACAAGAAGCCGAGAGCCGCAAGCCAGCCAGCAAGCAAGCAAGCAAGCGCGCACAAGGGGCAAGGAAGAUCACAAAGAGCCUUCACUCACAAAACAAAACCAGAGCGUAUAAAUAAAGCAUAUGAAUACAUAGAUUAAGAAACAAACAACAAGAACAACAACAACAGAUCUUAAAACAUUCAGAUCUGGCUUGGAUAAAGAGAUAAGGAGCUGUAUCUGUGAAUCUAGAAGUGGGAUACGGCACUCUGUUGAAAGCUGCAGACAGAAGAAGCAGCCGUCAUGCUGGUGCUUUUACUGAGCGUGGUGUGGCUGAUUGGGCUAGUGUGCGGCCAGAACGAAACCGAACCCAUAGUCCUGGAGGGGAAAUGCCUGGUGGUUUGCGAUUCUAACCCCACCUCGGAUACAACAGGGACGGCACUGGGCAUCUCAGUGCGGUCGGGCAAUGCCAAGGUAGCGUUCUCCUCCGUCCGGAGCACGAACCACGAGCCCUCGGAAAUGAGUAACCGAACUAUGGUCAUCUACUUCGACCAGGUACUCGUAAACGUUGGGAGCAAUUUUGACACGGAGAGAAGCACUUUCAUCGCUCCACGAAAAGGGAUUUACAGUUUCAAUUUCCAUGUGGUCAAAGUGUAUAACAGACAGACGAUCCAGGUGAGCCUCAUGCUGAACGGAUGGGCCAUGAUCUCAGCGUUCGCCGGGGACCAGGAUGUCACCAGAGAGGCCGCCAGCAAUGGGGUUCUGCUCCAGAUGGAGAAAGGAGACCGAGUGUAUCUCAAACUGGAGAGAGGAAACCUAAUGGGAGGCUGGAAAUACUCCACGUUCUCAGGAUUCCUCGUCUUCCCCGUCUAAACAGGAUCGAAACACACGGGCGCUGGGAUGCCAGGAAAAAAAAAAAAAACACACACACAAGGGGUAGGAAUGAAUGAAUGAAUGAAUGAACGGCUCUCAGAUGCAGCUGCUUGUAGCUCUGGACAGAAAACUGUUUUACCUUCCAAUAUUUAAAGAGGCAAAGCCCUUCGUAAUCUGCGCCUGUAUGCAUCUGCUUUGAGGAAUGUUUCUAGUGUUUUGCAGUCAGAGAGCCAAAUAUAAGGAGAAAAAAUAAAUAAUUGGUGAAUUAUACAUCAUUUUUAUUUGAUCAUUUUUAUGUAAUAUAUAAUUUUCUAUGUUGAAAUCUUUAUUAUAUCAUUUUUGAUUUUUAACCAUAUUUCAUUUUUAUAUCCCUAUUUCAUUAUCUGUUACGUAUCCCACAUAUAUUUUAAUUACACAUGCUUACUUUUAUUUUUUUAGAUUUUAAUUUACAUUGUUCCUGCAUACUAAUCUAUAACAAUCCUAAACUGUAUAUAUGAUGUAACCUCUUACUAGCCAAACUGGUUAAGUAGCUGUAUUUCAGUAUUUCUAUGUAAUUCUCAGUGAUUGUACGUUUCGAUGCUUCUUGUUUUGUUUCAGACAAAUGUGGCAAAACUAAAACGGCAGAAACUAUAAUGGAAUUUUAUUAUAACUCUGUAAUAUAUGUGUGAAUAUUUAAAAGAUUUUUUUCUUUGCUUUAAUUCAAUAAACUUUAAAUCAUACUUUUAUUUUUCUUAACCAGACACUGUGUCUGCCUAUCACCUAGAGACAUUUCCCACAUACGCUGCGUUUCUGGGAGUCAGCAAAAGCGCCUUUAAAAGCACCUCAGAGCACGAGCUCGAGCUAUCUCUGGUGAGGAAUCUGCAUUGUUGGGGAUUCUCUGUCAUAACCACUGUGGUGAAGAAUUUAAUGAGCUCCCUGGGGGAACAUUAAUACUUGCAUAAUAAGCAAACCUCCGCUGUUUAUUCAAAGACUGGGAUUUUUUUUUUUUUAAAUAAAGCAGGUGGGGAUUUGGUCAUAAUGAUACUUCAAGGUGCAAAUGAUAACAGAGGGGCUUGUUCCUCUAGAUUUCAAGGCUGACACAAGUCAUUUAAUGGGCUAACCAAGCACCCCAAUUGCUAAAAACAAAAUACACAAAUAAAAAGGGAAGACUGUGGAACUAGGUCAUAUUUUGGUGAUUAAAUAAUUGGCUUAAAUGAAAUAAAAAUGAAAUUGACCACAUUCAUUUUGGAUAACAUUUCACACCAUCAAAUAUGAUUCUAAUGGAUCUCAGCACUGUACUGUACAGGUUUAUAUUACAGUACAUCUGAAUCAAUCUUUAUUUUAUAUAGCGCCUUUCAUAGUGGACCACCAUCACAAAACGCUUGAGCGACCAUCACAUCUAACAGAUGCAAGCUUACUUAGAUACCACAGUUGGAAGCCCAGCUGUAUACAAAAUCAAUACAUGUGGAACACCUUCUGGAUAAUCUUUUUAAGAGAGGUCACACAGUGUAUUUGCAGGUUAUUUUAAGAAGGAAGUAACAAUCAGCAUCUGGUUGGCAGCUGAUAUCCUUUAGAAAAACUGAAAUUUCUGAUUAAACUCCCAUAGCAGACUGGCUAUCCAAUUUAGUGAUUUAUUAUUCUGUAAGCAGGAUAGCGCCUUUAGAAUCCAUCCCAACAGUGCAAGACGACUCCAAACACAUUCAUGUGCAGUGGUACACCGAUACAAUUAUAUACAGACACAAUAACGCCCCCCUUCAAUUGUACAGGCCAUUGAUGCAAAGUUUCUCAUCAGGUUAGAACAAAGCAGCUUUAAAAAGCAAUAAAACAAUCCAGCCCAUGAGACAGGAGAGAGCGGGUUCUCUGCUAUGAAGUGCUGGCUGCCUCCUCUUUUUUUGGCCCCCUGUUGGAUAUCCACUCCCUUGUGUUUGAGGAACCUUCCAGAGGAUGUGUGCAUUAAUAUCUUCAUGCUGUUUAUUCAUCUGCUGGCACGAAAGCCAUAUGAGCAGAGACCCAGUCGCAGGUCUUUAAAUGAGCUGCCUGGCCCCCACAGCUAAAACAGGAAAGCAAUGCUUUCUAGACUUGGAAAAUCCAUUUGCACAUACAGACAGACGGGCGGACAGGGGCCAUGCAACAAUUGGAACUUUGCUCCCCGGUAUUUUCAUUCAAUCGCUGCCUCUUAAGAAUAUGCAGAAACGCAGCAUGUCCACAGGUGUGUACCUGUCGGGUAUGCUCUGCCGCUUGCUACUAGGGAAUGUGGGGGUUCGUUAAAGAACCAAACUGAAUGAAGCUUUUUGCUUAUUUUAGGUAAGGUUACGUUAAUAAACAGACGCUGAUUGCUCUCUUCUUGCAUGAGUAUUACAGGACAGUAAGUCUCGUCAUGCUGAAUGACUCGGAAUGGUAACUUCCUUGUCUGUUUCGUUAUUAGGAUGAGGAUGACGAUGUGUGACCUCAUGUUCACCCCCCCCCCCCCCUUUUCUAGGGUGCCAGGUGUGCAUUCCAGCCUGGAGGAGGCAGAGACGCUGCACGUGGUACCCCUUGAUGUGCAGGAGAUGCCUCUUCAUUAUAAAACUCACCCAGGUCUUCUGCAUCUGGUUAAGCUAAAGCCCAGAUCACACAGCAAGGGAGGUCUGCGGUAAACAUGACAGAUUACAGCAGCAGAUCCCGGGCACGCGGCAGCACACAGCAACUCACUGUUUGUAUUUAUUUAUGUGAUUUUAUUUUGGUUUGUUUGUGGUUUCACUUUUUAUCACUACCGUUUUAUCCAUCAUCUUAAGUAUGUGUUUGCUGUUACACACAUAAUCACAUGUUUAAUGAAUGUGGGCUGUUGAAUUAUUGCAGAGAAUAUAUUCAAUAAUAAUUGAGUAUAUUUAUAUUUAUUGUUGUUGUUUUGGGAAUAUUCGUUUCCGUUUCACUUUUAAAAACCCUAAACGCAAUCCAACCUGUUUUGGACAUGUCUUUAUUUUUCAAGCACAUGCAUUUAAUGUCGGGGGCUUUUAGACAUUGUUAUACAAAUAAUCUACUUUUUUAUUCAUUCGUUAGAGAUGCCCUUUUUAUGAAGCAAUAACCAGCUAUAGACCUACAGGAAAUGCUGAAUCUAAAUCUAACUAUGCUAUAACAUCGAGUCACGCGACAGAGUGAGAACAGAGCCCAGUGUGCAUUUCCAGGUGUUUCGCAGAUUUCUGUAUCCCUGUAGAAUUCUGUAUCCCCGCAUGAUUCCAUGCCUGUGAAGAUGCAGUUUUUCAAAGCAUUCCUGUGCCCGAGUCCCGCUGUGUUCUCAAGCACUACCAUUGAGUUCUGCUGCAGUUUGCAACAAAUAUUGAAAGCAAGACCAAACUAAUUCUGUAGCAAAAUAAAACAGCACAUUUAACACAACUGAUUCUCUACAGUACGCUCAGCCUCCUGGCGUUGCUCAAUACACGAAACCCUUGAUUAAAAGUAACCUUAUAAAACUGUAUUUUUCUUUUAAAACACGUUUUAAUUUUAUUACAUGUAAAUACUGGUCAGAAACAUCAAGCGUUCAAGUACAGCGAUAUUGAUCUACGCAGGCGUCAAAUCAUGCGGGGAUACAGAAUGCUUUGGGGGUACAGAAAUCUGCGAAACACCGGCUGUUCUUUUUUGCGAGUAGGGGAGACCGGGGUUGGUUGUCACAGUGCUCAUAACUAUGACACUAGAUGGUGCAGGCAGGUGACACGAACACUGAAAUGUGCGUUCUAUUGUCUGGAACUCAACCAUCUUGUAAUGUGAGGUCAAUUCCAUCUAACAUAAAGGUUAGCACAUAUUUCUUUUUUUCAUACCCAAAGUAACAAAUGUAUAUAUAUUGUUAUUUAUGUUAUAACUCUUAGUAGUAUUGGAGUUUGUUUGAACUGAUGGGCAUGUUAAUAGAACUGCAUUUUGGCUAUCUUUUGGUGUAAAAAAACCCCAGUAGGUUCUCCCAGUAGUACUGAGAUAAUUAAAUUGUCAUGUGAAGUCGGGUUGGGGCAGGUUGUCACAUCGUUUUUGGGGUUGGUUGUCAUAUGUAAAUCCUAUAGGAAGAAGUCUUAUAUUUUUUCUUUCUACUUUUUUUACACCAGCAUGUGGGAUAUGUCACCAUAUAAUGCUUAUUUAAGUUAUUUACUAUUUGUCCUCUGGUUCUGCGGAGGUUGUGGUAUUAUUUUGUAGCAUGGGGCAACAUUUCAAAUAUAUAUAGGUCUAUAUUUUGUAUGUUCACAGAAAAAGUAAAAAUACACCUUUUUCUGUCAUUGUACACAGUAGAAACUUUAUGUUAUUUUAAAAAAAUGUUGCAUUAUUGUCUACUGUAAAACCAAGAUCAUACUUUGUGACAACCAACCCCAGUAUGGGGCACGUUGUCACAGGUGACCGGCGCAUUUUCAACCGUCUAAAUAUCAUAUUUGGAAUAAAGUUACGCUGAAAUAAUAAUAAUAAAAAAAACAUCAAUUUGUACGUGUAGAGUUAUUCUUCAAUAUAACGAGGAACAGAACCUGGCAGAAUGCCACCAGAUUGAGGAAAAUAAUACAGAGUUAAAAGUGUGACAACCAACCCCGGUCUCCCUAUGUGAAAAGGGACUCAUUUGAUAAAGAGUACUUACACUGCUACUGAGAUCUCAUUGCGCAUUCUGUGAGUGCACACUUUAAUGAAACAAACGGCAGCACGGUUUUGUUCUUCCCUAAUGCAAAAGUAUAGGAAACAGGUUAAAACCCGAUUUUUUAAAAAUACAACUCAAUCAAUAGUUUCUCCAGUCACCGAUUAGCAACCCUGUUAACCUACCUAAUGAUGGUAGGUACAGCAUUCUAGGAUUGAUUAGUGCAGACCGGAGUGUGUGACUAACCAGCCGUAUAAAACUCUGUCCACCAUGUCUGCUUAAUUAUCUCGUUAAGGGAGGCCUUCAUGUUUCACCUGUUAUCUAACUUUGCAUUUUUAUAACUAAUGUUACACAAAAUAUUGUUUCCACACAAGCUCUAUGAAGACUCCACUUUUUUUUUUUUUGGCUGUGCGCUGGCAGUCUGUUUGAAGCAGUCACAUUCGCAUUCGGGGAACGCUGACAAGCAAUUACGAGCGACGGUGUUACUGCAAUAAUUCUUCAGUCUCGGUGCAGGAGGGAGGGUGAAAAGCGCAGCAAUUAGAGACACCAACAACAAAAAAACACGAGACGGUGAAGAUUGAAUUUUAAUUGCCGUAUGAUAUGCUUUAUUAGGGAUGUUUACGUUUCCGCGAUGCGCCGACGAGGAGGCAGUAAUUAGAACUGCUCUGAAAUUAAAUCAACUAUCGCGGUUUUUAAAAAAAAUUGAUUUGCCCUCUCAAGUCUCUGUUUUGAAGCAUUGAAUUGGCAUGUCAUUUGACAGCGGCUUACUUUGCUUUGAUGAUCAGUGUCUUUUUUGUAUUUUAAUGACGCACCUGUCUCCCGGAGACAGAGCUGUUUUAAAAUAGGAACGCUGGGGGCUGGGUGUAUUUAUUUAUUUAUUUAUGAAUCUGGGGAAACCAUUUACCUCCACGCCCUCCAUUACAGUUAGUGCUGCCACUUCAUUCCUAGCUGAUCCGGAAUAUUGCACGGCUGUCAUCACUUUGAUCAACAUAACACAGGACCUUCAUGUUCAGUGAGCCGCCUGCUAAGGAAGCAGCACUGUAUUUCUAAUUGCAUUCAUUGCAUGGCAAUUUAACUCGUUGGAGUUUCACCAUCCAUUAACUCUAAUUGUUCCCACAUUGUUUACAGUCGUGUGGGCAGCUGGUGUCUGCCCACAUACCUGCAUUUUUCAGUCGCGUCAUGGAUGAUGCCGCCAUCGCUUCUACCACAUUACUCGGCUUUAAGUGGAAUAGUAAAAAUGAAAUAAAAAUAUCUAAACGUCCAUAUUAGUUAUGUACUAUAGCGUAUGCGUUACAUAUACAAUCGUAAAACUAGGUUACAUUUAUAAAAGUACAUGUAGUCUUAGGUAAAGAAGGAUGAAAACGAUGAGUGGAAGAUAAAGCGCUGAACUAUAUUGAGUUGCUGGGUGCAGCGUGGACGGGGCGUGCCCUGUACUGCAGAGAAGUCUGCUCCGUUAUUUAAUCCUAACAAGCCUUCCAGCUGAAAUAAAACAACAUCCGGGGGGGGGGACACAUGACAAGUUUCAAGUGUUAGAUGAAAUGUUUAAUGUUUUUCACUGAUUGGCACUAUCAGGGUCCUUGGCCAUAUGUUCAAGGGACACUGUUAUUGCUAAAUGUGUAACUUUUCUGCACCCCUAUAACAGGUGGGGUCAUAGGUUGACCAUGGCUUGAGUUAUGGAAGUGGAAAAGGUAAGGAAGCAAAUCCUGUUGACAUGUUUCCUUGGGCCUUUACCAGUUUUAACACUGUGCAAGAAUUGUGUUUUUUGGGAUCAUGCGGUGUAACCAGCAUUUUACAUGUUCUGUGUGUUUUUACAGGUAUUAGUUGUUUAACUAUGAGAUUAUUUUUGUUGUACUUUUUCUCCUAAUCAGCAAAUGGCCAUUAUUGUCUCAAUAAUUUUUAUGGCUUUAAAACUUAUCAUAUGUAAUUUGCUUAGUACAUUUGUCACAGUAGCUACUUUUUCAUAAGGAUUCUGUGUGUAAUUUAUUUAUUAAACUGCUUAAUGGCACUGCACUCACAAGCACCUCCUUGACGGAUCUGAGGAAUUGCCAUUUCAGAUAAUGAGUUCUUGUGCCAAACAAAGAUUGCCCUCUAAUUGCAGACUGAAUUUAUUUGGAGGAGAAAUGUAAUUUGUCAAACUAAAAAUGGAAAAAACCUGCAAUGACAGGUAUUCUGUAGGGAGCGAGUAAUUAAAUAAAAUUCAUCAGCGCAUCUACAAGUAACUCAAUUAGAUGUAUUAUUUCAAGCAUGGCGAAGGUCAUCGCGUGUGUAUUGGGGAUUUUCCUGGAAUGCUCCCUAUCCUUGCAUGCUAAUUCAGGGGGUCCCAGCCUCCUGCCUCGAGGCCACACUGCAGAGCUGCACAAACCCACUCCUCCAGGUUUACCAGAGACCUUCAGCUCCCCAGCCGUACUGCAUGUGUUCUGUGAGAAAUCAUCACACUUCAUCGAACUAUUCCCAAACUCGUCGCACUUGAUCUAGCCAUUCUCAAACUCACCACACUUUAUCUAGCCACUGAUUUAGCCAUUUCCAACGAAUCCUGCUGAUCUCCAGCCCUGCAACACCACAAUACACUGUGUGGGUCACCCAGUCUCUCCUCAAGCAGGUUCCCAACUGUUUUUCAAUUUUCUUCAAAGUAGGAAAAUGUAUCAGGUAAAUACCUUCUAGCAGUGCAACCAUGGAAAGGAAAAAAGACAAAAUAAUAUCUGCUACGGAUCUGGACUGGGUUGAUGGGAGUUGUCGUCUUUUUUCCUUUCCAUGUUUUCACCGCUAGAAGGUGUUUAUUUGAGAUAUAUAUAAUAUUUGGGCCACUGUGGAUUAUGAGAAAACAUUUCAGUGAGGGGUUAUGAGAUCAUAAACCACAAGAUUACAUAUUUUCUCAAUGCACUGCAGCCCAUAUGUUAUUUUUUUUAUAUUACAUAGGCUUUAAUAUACUGUGUGUGUGUACACCAGAUUUAUACCUAUAGGCAUAUGUGUUUAUGUAAUUAUACGCCUCUCAUGUACCUGUAGUAUCAAGCCCUGAUAGUUUUUGCUUGCAGCUCUGAACAUGAUCAAACAAAGACACUAUUGUCAUUUAAUCGGAUAAUUCCUUAUGAAAAGUAUAAAGAGCAGACACCCCCUCCAUUUCAGUAUGCAAAGAGCUCAUUUUUAUUAAGCCAGUAAAUCGCAACUAAUCAUCCGAGGGAAUCUCACAAUCUUGCCCAUACUGUAUAUGAAGUCAUUGUAAUUAUGCUAAUUCUGCAGCAUAUGUAUAUUUUGCAGGUUUUUAAUUAUCGCAGUGUUACAGUACCGGUUUAGUGAUUCUAUACCUAGAUUCCAAUGUUCUCAGCCAGUCCACCUACAAUUUCCAAUACCUCUUGCUGCUUCAUUGUUGAUGCCUAGCAGAUGAUUGCUAAGUUUGCAGUAGUGAAUCCCUUCUUCUGUUUGGCUGAAUACCCUGACCCUGACCCCUGAGAGAGUGGGUAGAGAACAUGAUGAAACCUUGUCACCUGAUAUUUAAUAACCUUUCAGCAAAGAACAAACACGCAUGUGGGGGAUUAUUCUUUUUUUCUAAACAUUUUUAGCUAUUGUAUAUGAUGUCUUUGUGCUCUUCUCAAGGUAAAUGUAUUGAUGAGAGCCCAGGAAAGACAGCUGCCUCUUCACAAAGGCCUGCUUUCUAAAGGGGAGUUGAAGGCUGCUGUAUGGGCUCUGCAGCAGCACACCUGAAGCGACGCUCUGAAAAUGCAGUACAAUUCUGUAAUUAGAGCCCCUUUCCCACUGCCAUGCUCUACCUGGCUCGGACCCGGUGUGAUGCGGGUUGGCUAUGCGAUUUCACACUGCUUUAUGAAGAAGCAGAGUCGACCUGGGUGACAGAAACAAAUACACAAAAUGCGUAGCAAUGCCCCGGAAGCAGUUUAUUACAGAUGCGUCCAUCCGAGCUUCUCUGGAUUGAGUCAUUGGCCCAAACGUUCAUUAAAGAAAAUGUUUCUUCAUCCCUGCUGCAAUCUGGCUCAUGGUGUGUCUCAAUCAACAAAAAUAUGGCCAAACAGAAUAAACAGAAAUGUUCUUUGCGGAAGUGAAACCUUCACACAGACGUGGCUGUUUGUUACUUCGUUGGCUUAUGAAUGGCCAUCGUGCAUUUUGUCUCGCUCAACCUGGGUCAAAGCGCAUCGACCCACAUCCUGAGGUGGGUCGCUGCUGACCCGGGUAUGACCCCGGUACGACCCAGGUACAUGGUUUCACACUACGCAGGAUUGUCACCCGGGUAGGAGCGUCAUUGUGAAAGGGGCUUGAGUACUGUAGGGUAUUAUAUAGUCCUAGCAAAGUUUACUGUGGUAUACCAUGCAUAGUAUAUAGUACAGCAUGUAUAUAGUGGUAUGAUAUGGUAAAGCACCAAUGCAGUCUGAAUUGCUUUCCUUCUGCAGAUUUUCAGUGUCUUCUCAUUGGUUUGAGCGUCUGAACAGUACAUAUUUAUUUAUUUAUUUAUUUAUUUAUGUAUUUAUUUAUUUCUUAGCAGACGCCCUUAUCCAGGACGACUUACAAUUUUUACAAGAUUUCACAUUACUUUUACAUACAAUUACAUUGUUUUUUACAACGCUCCAUAUCAAGCGCGGGACCCAUGCUGGGAAUCCAGAGCAGUACUGUGAAUGAGAGGGGAGUAAAGAGAGUGCGUCCCACUGAACUAUCACUCUUCAGCCUGGCAAGGUAACAGGAAGCUCAUUAAACAAACUGGGUCCUGCCAGCCUUGGCUGCAAGUGAGGAAUGCAUCUCUAGAUAAUACUAGUGCAGAAAGAUGCCUUUACAAUGGGCAGCUUUGCCAAAUCCAGGUUUUAAUAUGUGCUUGAUUAGCUCCAGUGUAUAGGUCUUAUUAAACUCGUAGUUCAACCAGGAAUGGAUCAAACUACUCUGCAAUGGGAGUCUCAUUUCCAUCCCCUGUACCAGUACUUUAUAUGGAUGGGGUUCUCCACUCUCCGCAGUCUUGAUGCAUACUCAGCAGGUUUCCAUGUGCAGACAGUGCUGAUUGAUCUGAAUGCCAUCUCUUCUGAAACCAGCUGAUGAUGCAGCAGAGGUGGGCACCUACUUUAACAAUCACAGCUCUGGACAGCUUACAGGCAAGUCCGCAGGCGCCCGGCCAGACUACAGGGGUCGCUGGUGCGCAGUGAGCUGAGAACACCCUGGCCGAUCUAAGCCCCCUCCGCCUCCCCGGGGUUACGCUCAUCCAAUUGUGCACCGCCCCCUGGGAGCUCCCAUCCCUGGUCGGCAGUGGAAUAGCCGGCGACGUCCAGGAUUUAGGGCGCAUCCUGCACUUGCGGAGUGCCUUUAUCGAAUCCGCCACUCCGGAGCCCCCACGAUGCGUUGUUUUUAAUGCCCAGUCUAAUUGUUUCAUGUUCUUUCACUGUCUGGAACUCGGUAGACUCUUAAUCAGCACAAAACUGCAGUUCUAAUGAAGUCGAGAUCCAGUUUCCUGGCUUCGUAAACCAGUAGAGAAUAAUUGGGCUGCGUGGUGCCUCUGGCAUGUUGCUGAAAACUACACCUGAAUUGCUUUGCUGGUCCUGGUAAGUGAUCCAGGGGGGAUGGGGUUAAAGUAGAAACCCAUGCUCACAGCUUUUAAGCUGUUUUCUGACAAUUAACUUAAAAUGUGUCUAGCUGUUACUGGGACAAAUACAUUCUCCUCAAUUGAGUCACUCAGGCUUAUGCAUUUUGAGCUUCUGGAAUUCGCCCCCCAUUCUGAAACUUUUAAAAGCAGUUUUUAAGUGACUUGCAAGGCUGUAACCUCGUAUGCUGCAGUGCAGUGUGUGAGCUCUCUAAACCUCUCUCUGGUAAUCGUCCUUGCCGUGCUGCAGUGCAGUGUGUGAGCUCUCUAAACCUCUCUCUGGGAAUCGUCCUUGCCGUGCUUCAGUGCAGUGUGUGAGCUCUCUGAACCUCUCUCUGGGAAUUGUCCUUGCCGUGCUGCAGUGCAAUGUGUGAGCUCUCUCUGCUCAGGGGCUCCUGGCUGUGUGCACCAUGUCGGUAGUUAUGGAAGAUCGUGGAAGAGUGUGCGCUGCACUCACUCAUUUAUUUGUUCGUGUCUACCUCUCUGUUCACCUGCAUAUCCAUCAUCCUUGCAUUGUGUACUUUCAGGUGCACCUAUCAAAUCUGUUUAUGUUUGGAGCAUGUGUUAGUUGAAACGCCACUCAUCAUCUCUGUUUUUCUGGGAAAGUUUGGAUACGGAUCAGUGAUGCUUAUCUGCUUGUUUUUAAUCAUUUUUAAUGAGCUCAUCUCCCUGUUAUUCCCCCUCCUAAGCAGCUCAAUUAGCACACUGUUCUGUAUCCGUGCAUCUCCAGUCCUCACCCCCUCGGGUCUUCACAAACUGCUUUUCCUGAAAUAAAACUCCUGUACAAGUUUAUUUUGUUUUGUAUUCAGGACUGAAAAUGUGUAAGAGUCCUGCAUUCCGGUCUGAAUCGAGUACUGAUCUGAACCAGCUUGAAUUGUGUGGGGCCAUCAGCUUUAUUUUUUGUUUGUUUUUAGGACCCUCAUUCGAAAAUGCACUGAUCUGCCGUUCCUCUGUGUGCCUGUCUGUCUGUCAGUCACCUUCUACAUGAUAAACGAUUCCGCCCUUGAUCUUCACCAAACCUUUAUCAAGUGCUUGUUUGCUUCCUGCAGAUGUUUCAAAUUGCAUUUGUUUGUAAUCUAAUAAGCUCUCGUUUUGGUAACAUAAUAUUUUAACUUUCACGUGGUGCGUUUUAUUUUUUUCUACGCGAUUACGAGGACCAUCUGUAUGGGUCAGUGUUAUUUUUGGUUGUUUUAGGAGAGUAACACAGAGUCCCUCAACUGAACCCUUUCAACAGAGAGCAGUCCAGCGUAGGUUCCUUGCAGGAUGUCUCCUAUCCAAGUAUUGACUGGGCCAUCCCUACUUAGCAUCCCUGCUUAGCAUGGUGUGGUUGCAGGACCCAGUGCUUGCUGUCCCUUCAUGCAGCCGUGGUACUGAUUGCGCUGCAGUAUGUAUAGCACAUGACGGGACCAGGAGAAUGUGCAUUGCUUCUGCUUUUUUAUCCUCAGUCUUGGCUAUUGUUCCUGCAGUCCCUGGGUUGUCAUUAGAGCUGGAACUGCAAGUACACCAGGGAGACUGGUGUGUUUACUUGUGUUACCAGAUUUUCAAUUUUCCAGUAAUAUAUCCAUGCUGUCCAGGUAAAGCAGAUAGCGCUGUGUUUUAAGAACAUCUCCAACAAAAAAAAUGUAUGCAGUCCAACAUUCAUUCAAUCAAUAGGAAGCAGCUUUACCAGAGGGAGUCUGAAGACAAGCCGAGGAGAGGAAGCAGAUGAUCAGGGUACAUGUUUUAUUAUCACUGUUCUUCUUUUCAUGACAUCUAUCCAAGCAAACAAUACAAAUUUACAAUGUGGGUUUCCAAAGGGGAUACAGGCUUUGGGACGAAAUGGACUGCAAUACAACACACCACUCCAGGCUUAUAGUUCAAUCUUGGCUUCAGAUUGCUCAUAUUUUACAAUAACUCCUGGCGCUUCCCAGGUGUGUCUUGGGAUUAAUUCUAGCUGGCCGCUCAGCGCUCCUUCCAUGUUGCUCAGUAGUGGUUGUUUUAUUUUUAUCUACAGCAAAUUUAAAUUACAAUACAGUGUAUGUGCUAAAAAAACAUUGGACAGCUUGUGUUAAGAAAAAAACCUUUGCCAGAUUUCACAGUUCGUUUAUAUGCUGUACCAUAACUAAUGUUGUGUGACAUACUCACUGACACCUUACAGAUGAUGCACUUGUACCUUGACCAGACUGCACCCAGCUACCUCCAGACCCUCAUCUCUCCCUACACCCCCACUCGACCUCUCCGCUCUGCCUGCACUAGAAGACUGGCUCUACCUCCGCUACGCUCCCCUGCCUCCCGAGCCCGCUCCUUCUCCACCCUUGCUCCGCAGUGGUGGAACGACCUUCCUACAGAUGUCAGGACUGCCCAGUCCCUGACCACAUUCCGGCGCCUCCUUAAGACUCACCUCUUCAAACAGCACCUAUAGAACUCCUCUGUUGUAUCCUGGGACACUAUCACCCUUCAUUUAAAUGUGCUUUAUUUUGCUCUCAUCUGCCCCCUAUUUUACUGCAUUUAAUCCUGUACUUCAGAAUAUUGUAAUCUGCCAAGUGUUUAACCUGUAGUAUUUUGUACUUAAUCAUAUCCUUAUGUAACUAUCACUAUUUAAUCAUAUCCUGAUGUAACUAUCACUAUUAUCUGCUGUAUUACUGAAUUGUGGUUUGUCACACUUGAACAAAAAUUAUUGUAUUUCUUGCUUUUAUUGUAUUACUUGUAUUGUAACACUUGAAUGUAUUUGUAUUUGCUUGCGAUUGUAAGUCGCCCUGGAUAAGGGCGUCUGCUAAGAAAUAAAUAAUAAUAAUAAUAA